UGACUACGUAUGUAGGAAGUUGGGAUUUAUUACACAAAUGGCUUCCCCAGCUACGGCACUCAAGUGAAAGUUUGUGAGAAACAUGUAAGUGAAAGUUAUACUACAAUCGCGAAAAAGUGUUUGAAAUUCGGUUCGUAGAUCGAUAAGUAAUUUAUGAAAUUUCAUUUAUCAAUGCAUAUAUAUCUUCGGCAUAUGUUUAUAAAAAUAAUUAAAACUUAAACCGUGAUCACAUGAAGAGUAAAAAAUUGCUUGGGUUCAAUGAAUGCAGUCACUUCCACAGUAUUUUGCAUAUAGGUAUAUGAGAUGUACUAUUACAGUAUUACCUAUUAAUAUUUUUUUGUGUCAUGAUGCGUGUUCUGAAAAAGUCUAUUACAUGACAACUCAAGCAUACUCACACGUAUUUUGCUUCAAAUGGUCAAGAAUACUGCGAAUGUGUAGUGCCUUUUUUACAGCCUGUCCUACAACUUUUUGUGGGAUCCUUAUAAUAAGUUAUUUGAUCUGCAGCAUGGCAUUAAUCAUGUUCAACUGGAUAGUCCGAUUAUUCGUGAUAGUUUUGAUGUUUGAUGUCUUGACUGACGCGCAGUACCAUCGUGCUAAGAUGAUUGAUAGAAGAAGACGAAUGAUGCAACGCCGAAUAAAUAUUCAAAAUAAGCUGAAACCUCAAGUUUGUUAUGAAUUCGUUGGCUGUUUCGUUGAUCCUCCAUCACAAUUACCUUUCAAACGACCACCCGAACAUCCUGAUAAGAUAAACACUAGAUUUUUGUUAUAUACCCGUAUCAAGUCAAAAGAUCCAGAAGUGCUCAGUUAUGGAGAUGGUUUGAACUCGAUAAGUAAAUCUAGUUUUGACCAGGAAAAAAAUGUUAAGGUAUUGAUACAUGGGUACAAAGGAAGUGGCAAUGACGAAGCCAUUGGUCUUGGAGCCAAAUCAUUUUUAGAAGUAGAGGAUGCCAACGUCAUAGUCGUAGAUUGGGAACACGGAGCUGGAACAUCUUACGCAUUUGCAGUGGCAAACAUAGAAUUAGUUGGACGGCAGCUAUCACUGAUAUUGAGGGAUGCUAUUGAAAUGGGCACCAGUGUAACAAAUAUUCACAUGAUUGGCUUCAGUCUUGGUGCUCAUGUAGCUGGUUGUGCGUCUGAGAUGCUGAAAGGCAAAAAUUUACUUGUUGGACGUAUAACAGGCUUAGAUCCAGCAUCACCUUUCUUUAAAAAUCACCUCAUAAGACAACGUUCCAAGAAAUUGGAUAUAUCGGAUGCUCGUUUUGUGGAUAUAAUACAUACUGAUGGUUCUGAGACUCUCACUGACGGAUUUGGAUUGUUAAGACCAAUGGGUCACGUUGAUUUUUUCCCCAAUGGAGGCAGAGAACAACCUGGAUGUACUGAUGUAAAAAAUUCUGUUAUCGUUAGUCACUUGAAUGAAGAAUCCUUGGAUAAAAGUGUAGCAUGUAGUCAUUUACGGGCCUGGAAAUUUUUCGUGGAGAGUAUUCAAAGUCAAUUAAAAAAAUGCAAGUUUGGAGCAUGGCCUUGCUCUCAAGGAGCAAAUGACUUCUUAAGAGGCCAUUGUUUCCCACAGAAGAUGUCAUUCCCUCAAGAAAUGGGAUACAAAGCCAACUCGGCUAACCAAGGAAUCUUUUAUUUAGCUACAAGAGCAGAUGAACCAUAUUGUGGUGAUGUUGUGCGAGCUUCCAUCACUACGGCUGCAGAUGCUAACAUGUAUACAUCCGGGAUAUUGUACUUGGACAUUGAUGUUGAAGAAGCUUUUACAUCUUUCACAAUUCGUUGCGAUGUCAGAGAACACUCCAGAGGACAAUCCACCUUCUUUAACACAGCAGCAAUAGAUUUUGAAACAUUCACUGGAAAUUCGACAGAGUCGGUAAUCCAUGGUGUAAUGCAAUAUAAGGCUAUAGCUGAAAACGAAAACGUAACUAGUACUAAAAGACCAUUUGAAGUCAGUUUGAAAGUCCACAUUGUUACUAUUGAAGACAGUAGGGGAAACAGGUUUAAUUUCAAAGAUCAUCUUGUAUGACAAAAA